UAAGCCGUGUCAUCUAUAAUAUGGCUGUUAAAGAAGUGAUAUUCUCAUCUCUGAAUGAAAAACUAAUAUUGCUGAAAAAUGAUUCAGAAAAUCCUCAGAGCGCAUAAUUGUGACGCGUGAGUUGUAUUCGACCUCAUUAUAAGCAGAUUAGGAAAACCCACACAUUCGAUCAAGUGUUUGGAGUUUCCUGAAUAUAUCUUCUAUAUAAUAGAAAGACUAGCCGACAAGGAAGACCUAACUCGCACAUUAACUUAACAGACGAGAUGACUGCCGGCAAUGAGAUUGUACCAUUAGAGGAUAUUCCCAAUGACCAGGGUGGCACUGACAACAGGGAUGGAAUGGCGGGUACAAUCGAUGACAACAGGGAUGGAAUGGCGGGUACAAUCGAUGACAACAGGAAUGGAAUGGAUGAAAUCGAUAUAAUUGUCAAACCUACUGCUAGGCCGACUACCUUGAAUAACAAUUCGGACGAAGUAGACUUCAGACGUUUUCAAGGUUUCGAUGAACCCGAUGCCCCAAACAACAACGGGUCUUCAAAAAAUGUUUUCACUGACAGACAAAACAUCGUUCGAGGACUCUGCGACGCAUCACUGAUGGCGGCAAACAUCUCCCAACUACGCGCGGUAUUGGACGGAGACCAUGGAAACAAAUACUUCAUACCUCUAUUGAUCAUGAUCGGGUUGGCGCUUUUCUGGCAUAUAGUGUUUGGACUUCUUAUGAUUCAAAGAUGGCGAAAAGAAAGAAGAGCCGAAUUGGAACACCAAAGGGAUGUCGAAAAUGCAGCGGGCACGCCGGUGUCUAGGUCAAGUAAUCCACGAGGGGUCACGUGUCUUUGUUCGUGGUGUGAGUGUGUUGAGUGGUAUGACGAGGUCAGCAUGUUUUGUAUGUAUUUCGUGAUUAUUUUGAACGUUGCAAUCGCAGGACUAGGUUUGACGUCGACAGACAACAAGUAAUUUUGGGUAAGCAACAACUUUUAUAUCAUUGUUUUAUAUCAUUUAUCGUAUCAUUAUGUCAUAUCAAAAUUUUUCUUUCAACAUUCUGAUUUGUUUUCAAUAUUGAAUACAUUUAAUCUAUUUAGUGAAUUGUAUAAACCAAGUAUCGAAAACUUGUACUUGACGAAGUCAAUCACAUCAAGAAGAAAAUAUUUGGUAGGCCAUGCAUUAUGCAAUGCACGCAAGCGAAAAUAGGACUAUGUAAUGGAAGAUUUAUUUUCAUAAAAUAGGUUUUUAAUCUUUUUUACUUGUGAAUUAUUGUUUGUCUUUUUUUGUUGUAAAUUAUUGUAAAUUAUUGUUAAGUUUUCAAUAAAUACAAAUUAUAGAUAAAACUAUAGUUUUUUUU